AUGUGCAAACUCUUAAGAGGCCCUCCGAAAGAUCUCAUCUGUGACUUACCGCUGACCGACAGCAACUACGAGAUAGCUCUCCGACUACUCGAUGAGAAUUACGACGUUCCGGAUCGCCGACAGCAGGAUGUACUCGCCCACGUAGUCAACCUACCAAGUGUUCGUCAUGCGUAUGAUACGGUUGGCUUGCGUGAGUUGUCAAAUUUCGUUCCUAUCCUAGCGCUGGCGACUGUCAAUGUACCCUUGCAUACGAUCGCCCUCACCUACGAACAAACAGUUCGAAGCGCACUCCCAAUCUCAUUGAUCUUAACGUUCGACGAUCGUCAGCAGCUCGAUGCCGACUCAGGGGAGACCGAGCAGCAGGAUCAGGCUGCCGCAGCGGCUGGAAGUCUGGAGCGAUUGCUCUCAUUCCUCCGCCGUUCCACUUCGCCCCGGGAGAGAGCUUCAACCAAGCAACGGAAUAAUGUGGGAGACGUCAACAGAUUGGGUUUUCACGAUCAGAAGCGACCUAAGACGCGCGAAGCCCCCAGAUUUCCGCCCCGUCAACAAUUCCCGUCUACAGCCGUUGCGACCGCAAGCAAGGGAUCUCGGAGGCAGCUAAAGGUUCGGAAGAACCCCUGCUUAUUCUGCGGUAGCUCCGAGCAUCGUCCCUCGGUUUGCUCAGCGGACCUUCCGGGUCAUCGCCGCGUCGAGAUACUUAAUCAGAAGAAGCGUUGCCCGAAAUGCUUCCAAUUUGAACACGUAUCACCGCGCCAGUGUGACGGCCCGAAGGAAGCCUGCCAUAAGUGUGGGAGUAAAGAUCAUUAUACCGUCAUGCACAGCCUGGGACCGAUUUCAUCCGAAGAAACCGCGCGCACUGCCGCGUGCACCCUGCAAAGUGUCGCAGCCAUUUCGACCAUCCGCUCAAUCGUCAUGACGGCCUCUGCAUUCGUCGUCCACGGCGCGCACCGAAUCCGAGUCCGAUGCUUCAUUGACAGCGAGUCGAUGGUUUCCUUCGUAUCACCGAGGCUCAUCGGGCAGCUAUCGGACAUGCGGCCCCAGGCGCGGGUUGAUUUACAGCUUCAAGCCUUCGCCAGUGAACACGCACUCGUCGCAAACCGUUACGCAGUCCAAUUGGUCGGAAAUCACGACGAUUCACAGAAAGUUGUCAUCCAGGCUCAUGAAUACGCCUUCGGCGUCGACCCGCCCGCAAACUGUUCGCAGGAGAUGCGCGAGCUCAUCCGUCAAUUCGGUAAAACUCACCAGCUUGCCGACGCUUCUUUGAUCGACCCAGAGUUCGACAUGGAGCCUGACCUGCUGAUCGGCGUCGAUCAGAUGUAUAAGAUUCUGCAUCUGAACUCGGAGGAAAUCUCGCCAUCCUGUCCGGUGCAUAAGGACCCAAGAACACACACCGCCAAGGAUAUACAAUGUCUGUGGUCCCUAGAUGCCGUCGGUAUAGUCGAUUCGAAUGAGAAGAAAUACCGCGCGGCUGAAGUCGACGCCAUGCAACAAAUCAAAGACAGCGUCGAGUAUGAUGGUCAGCGCUACACCGUCGCCAUGCCGAAGCGACCGUCAAUCCUCCAGGUCUCGAACAACUUGGAGAUAGCUCGCAAUCGUUUGAUUGCUGAGCGGCGCAGCCUUUCUCGAAACCAGGAGUCCUUCCGACGUUAUGAUGCGGAGAGAUCGAAAUUCCUCAUGGUGGGCCACGCCGAAGAAGUCCACGUCGACAAUCUCGGUGCUCCAAGCGCACGUGACCGUUCCUACUAUCUACCGCAUCGUCAAGUCAUAGCACAACGCGCCCACGGAGACAAAUUGCGAAUCGUCUUCGAUGGUUCAGCAGCUGCGCCCGGAGAGACAUCGCUCAACUCACAUCUGAACCGGUCUGAACCUAAACCCGGAUAUACUCAAGCUGAUGCUCAACUUCCGUCUGCGUCCAGUCGCAUUGUCUGCUGA